CACAGCGUCAUCGCGACAUUGCGUAUACCACCCCCCCUCGAGUGAGCUCGAUGCAGCUCCGCAACCCGCCACCAUGAUGCCCAGACAAGGCUAUGCGCCUACGCCGCAUAGCUACGUUCCUAACACGAACCUCUCGGCGACCAUCAACCUCGACGAGGAAGUGAAGCUCACCAACACCCGCGCCGAACGCGACCUGCAAGACUCCCUCGCGGAGCUCUUCAGCAUCAUAGUCACACUCGAUGAGCUCGAAAAGGCCUUCCUCAAGGACGCCAUCCCCGAGGCCGAGUACACGGAGAUUUGCGAGCGCUCGCUGCGCCAGUACAAGGCGUUGCUGGCCGACGAGGGCAUAGCGCGCGAGUUUGAGGGCCUGGAGGAGUUCAAGGCCAAGUGGGAUCUCGAGGCCCCCCGCGCGACCGAGCGUCUCCGCGUCGGCAUGCCCUCCACCACCGUCACGGCCUCGUCCUUUUCCGCAGCGCCCGCCGCCCCCACGGCCGCAAACAACACGAGCGGCGUGCUGAUCCUCGAGGCGACGCAAGAGUUCAUCACCUUCCUCGACGCCGUCAAGCUCGGCAUGCUGUCCAAGGACCAGCUCCACCCGCUGCUCUCCGACGUGAUCCAGUCGGUCAACCGCGUCACCGACCAGGACUUUGACAACCGCGGCAAGAUUGUGCAGUGGCUCAUUACCCUGAACCAGAUGCGCGCUACCGAGGAGCUGAGCGAGCAGCAGGCGCGCGAGCUCGAGAUGGAUAUCCAGCAGGCCUAUCAAGGGUUUAGGAGAACCUUGACAUGAUGGAUGUCUAUUUUCGCGGACGGGGGGCGCAUAUGUACACAUGCAUAUAGCGGAUUAGAUUUUGCUUUGGGGGUUUACUUGUACAGCCCUGCGUCCAUGAACAAUGAAUGCCGCCUUCAAC